AUGGGGGUUGACGUGGGGCAGGAGUCGAAGCGGCAGACGGACGUGGUGUUCGACGGGCACCGCUGGACCAAGUACGGCCAGAAGGUGUUGCUGCACUCCAGCUUCUUGCGGUCCUACUACCGGUGCAGCUACUGCAGCGCGGCCAAGGGGUCGUGUCCGGCGCGCAAGCUGGUGGACCGGCACCCGUCCAACCCGCACGAGAUCCGCGUGGGGUACCACGGGCGCCACAACCACGCGGGCCUCAGCCCCGCAUCGCCCACCAUCCAGCGCUCCGUCACUCCCCCCCCGGAUAUGUCCGAGUCAUCGCAGAGCAUGGCCGCUGCUGCUGCUGCCGCUGUCGCUGCUGCAGAGGCGUCGGGUUCUGUGAUGGGCGGUGGUGCGGGGGGGACCGGGGAGGCGGGGUUGAGCGGAGGUGGGGAAGGUCAGUCUGUGGCAGAGGGGGGGAAUGCGCGGAUCCCAAUGCAGUUUGGGGAUUUGGGGGGGGAGGGAGAGGAGGGCGCGGAGGGGGGUGAAGGGGGGGGCCAAGACCUGGACUACAAAACGUUUGAAGCCAUGCUGAGCCACGGCGAGGAGAUUCUGGUGGGCAUGGACGACGAAGGGGAGGGCGAGGAGGAAGGGAGGGAGCAGGGGGAGGGGGAGGUGGAGGGUGGUAGGGAGGGGGCGCAGCAGGGGGGGCGGGGGGAGCAGGCGGAGGUGGAUGAGCGCAGCUGGCGGUCGCUGCAGCUGCCUGAAGAUGGGUACCUGUGGGACCCGCCCCGCCGCCACAAGCCGCUCGUCAACUCCAUGUACAUCCGGGUGGUGUAUCGGUGUGCAUACCACCCGGAAGGCAGCGCCAGGUGUCCAGCAAUGCGAGUGGUGGAUAUCCACCGCGCCAACGCGUCCUCCCUGCAGCUCACCUACACGCGCCCCCACUGCCACCCCCAGCCCGUCCGCAUUCGCCUCACCCGCCGCCCUGCCACCCCCCGCUCCUCCACCCCCCCCUCCGCCAGCCCCCCUUCCGCCACCCCCCCCUCCGCCACCCCCCCCAAGGGGGAAGGGGGCGGGCAUGGGAUGGGUGGAGUGGAUGGGGCGGUGGGAGCAAACGGGACAGGCAGAGCAGAAGGGAUGAUAGGAGGAGAAGGGAUGGUGGGAGGUGGGGGGGUGGUGGGAGGAGAAGGGGUGAUAGGAGGGAUGGUGGGAACAUGGGCAGGUGUUAGGGGUGACUCUGGCCUAAGUGCUGGCACUGGUGGUGGUGGGGGAGGUGGUGGUGGUGGUGGUGGUGCGUUGGGUGCACAGGUGGCGUUGAGUGCACAGGGGGCGUUGGGUGCGCAUGGGGCAUUGGAUGAAGGUGGGGCGUUGGAUGAAGGUGGGGCGUUGCCUGUGCCAGGAGGGGUGUGUGGCACUACUGACAGGCUGGGCCCAAGCCCGCCGCUCAAGCGAGCAAAGCUCUCAACACCUACGAAUCAUGCAGCACCCCUCCAUCCUGCAUCAAAUACACUCACCCGCACGGUUUCAGGGCAGGACCAGUCGUGGGGGGGCUUGAUGGGAGGAGGGAUGGGAGGAGCAGGAGGAGCAGGGAUGGGAGGAGGAGCAGGAGGAGGAGCAAGAGGAAGGGGGGAGAGAUGGGGUGCAGGAGGGGCACGGCGAGUGGAAGGAGGGUUGACUCGAGCGUUUCGGGAGGCGGAGGCUGGGAAGGGUGGGGCGACGGCUGGGCUUGGCACUGGUACUGGGUUAAGUCCAGGUGCGGGCCUAAGUGCUGGUACUGGGCUUAGCACGGGGGGUCUGAGUGCAGGGGCUUUGAGUGGUGGGGGCAUGGGAGGGGGGUUGAGUGCAGGGGGAGUGAGUGGUGGGGCAGAAGCACAGGGAGGGGGGGGGCUAGUUGGACUAGAACGCCUACCCAGUGAUGCCUCCACUGCCGGCAACCUCGCGAGCGUACGGGGACUCUCCCCUCUGCAGAUGCAGAUGCAGGCAGACGCCGAGGGAGGAGAUGCCUUUGCGGCAGGAUCAGCUGGUGGUGGGGGUGGGGGUGAUGAUUUGCUGCUUAGUUUUGUAGCAGCAGAGCCAGGUGUUUCCGCAGGUGGUUCUAGGGCUGUGGGCGAUGCGGCCUUUUCAGCCGGCAGCAACGCGCGACCGGCAUGGAUGGGAACGUGGGAGGCACCUGAAACCAACGGUCAGGAUCCUCCGGAUGAGCUCCCGUCUUUCCUCAAGGAUAUCCAGACAGGAGGGCUGUCGACACUAGGAGGAGGGGGGAGGGGGGCGGCAGCAGCGGCAGGGGGUGUGGGUGGGGGGACAGUGACACGGCUGUCGUCAGUAGAAGGGAGGGAGCUGCAGAACCUGCUUCGCUUUGGCAGUAUGGGGGGGCUUCUAGCCCCUCCGCUUUCUAGACUUGGCUCCCUAGCGGCAGGGGGAGCAGCAGCAGGAGGAGGGGCAACAGGAGGAGGAGGGGGAGGAGGAGGGGGAAACGAGAGGGAGACAGUGGCACGGUUGUCAUCAGUGGAUGGGCGGGAGCUGCAGAAUCUGCUUCGCUUUGGCAGCAUGGGGGGGCUUCUAGCCCCUCCUCUUUCCAGGCUAGGGUCCCUAUCGGAAGGGGGAGGGGCACCAGGAGCGGGGUCAGCUGGGGGAGGAGGGGCAGGAGGAGGGGGUGGGGCGGGGGGUGGAGUGGGAAACGAGAGGGAAACAAUGGCACGGCUGUCAUCAGUGGAUGGGCGGGAGCUGCAGAACCUGCUGCGCUUUGGCAGCAUGGGGGGGCUUCUAGCCCCUCCACUCACACGUCUUGGCUCACAGGCAGCAGCAGCUGCUGCAGUUGCCACUGCUGCCACUGCUGCUGCUGCUGCUGCUGCUGCUGCUGUCCAGAGACUAAGUCCUGAACGUUCCCCUGUACACUCACCAGCUACACCGGCUGCAGCAACAGGUGGUGCUUCUAGGCUGCAACGCACUGGCUCUCCUGUCUAUCGACCCUCCUUCUCGCCUCCUCGUCCUUCCCUCUCCCCACCCUCUCACCGCCCUCCCUCCCCUCCUGCUCCUCGUCCUCCCUCCCCGCCCGCUGCCCGCUCUCCCUCUCCCCUUUCCCGCCCCUCCCUCUCGCCGCCAAAGCGCCGCCCAGGCUCCCCUCCCACCCAUCGCCUGGCUUUUGAGUCAACUCAAAAUUUAUCCUGCCCAGGCUCCCCUCCUGCCCAUUGUCUGGCGCGCGUGGAUUCGCUCACUUCCAACUCGCCCCUCACGUCGCCCACUCCUGUGGUUUGGGGGAAGCAGCGCGCAGGGUAUGGGGACGGCCUGGCUGAUGGGGGGUGGGAAAGGAGGGAAAGAGAGGGGGAGGGUAUGGGAGAAGGGAGAAGAGAGGAAGGAGAAGAAGGAGGCGGGGAGGGAGGUGGGGAAGGAGGAGGGGAAGUGGGUGGAGAGGGAGAGGGAGCAGGAGAGGGAGGGGGAGAGGGAGGGGGAGAGGGAGGAGGAGAAGGAGGAGGAGAAGGAGGGGGAGGGGACGAGGGGAACGUUGGCAGUGGUGGCGGUAAUAUGGGUCUGGGAAUGGGCAUGGGGAUGGCGAUGGGUGGAGAGGGGGAGUGGGGGACACCAGGGUCCAGGCAAAGGGGUCACCAGGGGGAUUUACUCAGUCUGCUGCGCUAUGGCAGCAUGGGUGGGCUUAUUCUCGCCGCCAAGUCACCCCCCUCUGCCCCCACUCCUCCUGGAGCCGCUCCUGGUUUUUCUCCUGGGUUUUCCCCUGGGUUUUCUCCUGGCCGUUCCACUCGGUGUUCCCCUGGGUUUUCACCUGGGCACUCCCCAGGGCCCUCCCGUCUCCCCCCCCUCCCAGCGGGACAGAGGGGGUCUUUCAGGAGCCACCCUGCCCCGGACCCCCUUGCCGGUGAGGUCGUCGCUGCUGCUAAUUCUGCCGCCGCUGCUGCUGAUGCUAAUGGCACCGCUGGUGGUUCUGCUGUUGCUGGGGAAGCAGCAGGGACGAGCAUGGCGGCAGCGUCAGGGUCACCCAUGCCAUCCGCGCAAGGAGGGCAGCAGGGCAGGCAGGAGCUGGGGCUGAAUGGGCGAGCAUCAGCACUCAGAGCAGACGCUGCUGCUGCCUUCAGGUUUGCCCCUUAUGCCCCUGUUCUUCACACCUGGUACCGUUUUUCAAACCGUUCAUAUGUCCAUCUUCUCCCUUCUCGGCAUUACCAUUCAACUCAGCAUCUGGUUCCCCCCAUGCCAUCUUCUCCCUUCUCGGCAUUACCAUUCAACUCAGCAUCUGGUUCCCCCCAUGCCAUCUUCUCCCUUCUCGGCAUUACCAUUCAACUCAGCAUCUGGUUCCCCCCAUGCCAUCUUCUCCCUUCUCGGCAUUACCAUUCAACUCAGCAUCUGGUUCCCCCCAUGCCAUCUUCUCCCUUCUCGGCAUUACCAUUCAACUCAGCAUCUGGUUCCCCCCAUGCCAUCUUCUCCCUUCUCGGCAUUACCAUUCAACUCAGCAUCUGGUUCCCCCCAUGCCAUCUUCUCCCUUCUCGGCAUUACCAUUCAACUCAGCAUCUGGUUCCCCCCAUGCCAUCUUCUCCCUUCUCGGCAUUACCAUUCAACUCAGCAUCUGGUUCCCCCCAUGCCAUCUUCUCCCUUCUCGGCAUUACCAUUCAACUCAGCAUCUGGUUCCCCCCAUGCCAUCUUCUCCCUUCUCGGCAUUACCAUUCAACUCAGCAUCUGGUUCCCCCCAUGCCAUCUUCUCCCUUCUCGGCAUUACCAUUCAACUCAGCAUCUGGUUCCCCCCAUGCCAUCUUCUCCCUUCUCGGCAUUACCAUUCAACUCAGCAUCUGGUUCCCCCCAUGCCAUCUUCUCCCUUCUCGGCAUUACCAUUCAACUCAGCAUCUGGUUCCCCCCAUGCCAUCUUCUCCCUUCUCGGCAUUACCAUUCAACUCAGCAUCUGGUUCCCCCCAUGCCAUCUUCUCCCUUCUCGGCAUUACCAUUCAACUCAGCAUCUGGUUCCCCCCAUGCCAUCUUCUCCCUUCUCGGCAUUACCAUUCAACUCAGCAUCUGGUUCCCCCCAUGCCAUCUUCUCCCUUCUCGGCCCCGGCCGGCCAGGGAGCAGGGGAGGCAGCAUGGACAGAGACAGGACGGAAGGAGAUCACCCACGCUGCCACAGGCAGGCGCAUGGAGAGGUGGGUGGGCGCAUGGAGAGGUGUGUGGGCGCAUGGAGAGGUGGGUGGGCGCAUGGAGAGGUGGGUGGGCGCAUGGAGAGGUGGGUGGGCGCAUGGAGAGGUGUGUGGGCGCAUGGAGAGGUGGGUGGGCGCAUGGAGAGGUGGGUGGGCGCAUGGAGAGGUGGGUGGGCGCAUGGAGAGGUGGGUGGGCGCAUGGAGAGGUGGGUGGGCGCAUGGAGAGGUGGGUGGGCGCAUGGAGAGGUUUUAUUUCGGUUGUUCCGUUCCGGGCUGCCCGGCGCGAAAAGUUGUGGAUGUUCAGCUGCCCAGUUGCCGCCCCAUGAGCCCUGCUGUUGUAGAUAGCGUGUACUGUGGGGAGGAAGGGGGAGAAGGAGGCAGAGGAGGCGAGGGGGGGGAGGGCUGGGGGAACGAGGAGAGAAGAGAGCGGAUGGAGGAGAGCGGUGGGGAGGGCGGGCCUGGGGAAGGGGUGAUGACUGGAGGAGCGGGAAAUCCAGGUGGGAAGAGGAGAAGAGGGCAAUGGCUGGGGGAAGGUGGGGUUUUCGGCACUAAGAGGAGUUGUGCUGAGCCUGCUGCAGCAGGGGCUGGGUACGACUGGGAAGGGGAGGUCACCGGGCAGGUGACGGAAACUUUUUACGGGUUCCAUCUGGGGCACACCCAACCGUCCCCCUCCUCUCUCUUCCACUCCGCGCCUACUGCAGCAGCAGCUGCUGCUGCUGUCACUCGUUCCGACGCUCACUUGCAAUCAGCUCAAACCGCCAAUGAGACAACCUCUGUAACAGGGUUACCACCAGUGCAGGGUGGUUCUGAGGUGCGUCCAUGCCUUGAUCAAUCCAGCGGUCUCCCAUGGGCCCAUGGCGGGUGUGAGGUGCUUGCAGGGUGUGGGAAUGAACGAAGUCUUGAGAAAUCCCAAGGGUCGCGUGCAGGGUUAGAGUCAAAUGGGCACGCCAACAUCUUGCGAGUCUCUUCUCUCCCACCCAACUCCUCUUUGAUGCCCUCACAACCCUCCAUCCCUCAACCCCCAACCGACCGCACACACCCCUCCUCGCAGCCUUCCCCCCAGCCCUCACCCGCAGCGUCCCCUGCCUCUUCCAAUCUACUCGCCCCUCUCCCACGCUCCCUUGCUCGCCAGAGGCCCGUGGUCUCACUCUCGCCAAACCGGGACAGUUUUCCGGGCAGUUACGAAGGAUUAGGGCAGUUUGAAGGGCAGGGAACGGAAGACAAUUAG